AUGCUGGAGGCCAACAAGCUCGUGAGCAGCUUUGCAGAGAAGGACCUGUGGGACCUCGUGCACAGCGAGUUGGACAUGGUCAGCAAAGCAGCCUUGGGGCCCACAAGGCCUAUGGUAUCCUGGGCUGCAUUCGGUGGAGCGUUGCCAGCAGGUGCAGAGUCACUCUACAGAAAUAGUUUCAGCUUCAGUGAUGAAAAGCUGAAUUCUCCAACCGUAUCUACUCCAAGUCUACCAUCUCCAUCAGUAACACCAUGUAAAGCAAAGCUUGGAGAUACAAAAGAACUGGAAGACUUUAUUGCUGAUCUUGACAGGACACUAGCAAGUAUGUGAAACAGGAAACUUUGGCACUGAUGCCAAACAUGAAGAUGUCCUGGAGGAUAAGUGACAUCAGUCACUGGGAACUGCUGACACUGUCUGAUAGCUUUGCUGCCCGAGCUGUUCACCUUCUGAACAUAACCUUUGUCAUCUCCCAUAAGCAUUUAACAGGCAACAUAGGUGGAGUUGGGUAACUCAAAUGUUACUGCUAUAUUUUUGCUUUAAAAUAUAGCUUAAUUUUGAAUCUGAAGUUGCUUUUUAUGAAAAAUAUUUGUAAUUGUAUAUAGUUGAGAACUCUUAGUGCUUUUCCAUUAUAAUAUAUUUUUGUAUACAAAUAAAGCCUGAACUGGGAUCCAGAUGGCUAAAGGUUCAUAGGAACAUAACUGAAAUGUGUUUACAAAUUAAGCCCUUGAUAAAAACAUCGGGCUUUAAAAUUUUUGAUAGGGGUGUAUUUCCUCUUAGGCAAGGUGUACUAUGCUGGCUUUGAUAGGGAAUGUCCCGUUGUUUCUUUUCACACUGCUUAAAUUUUCUUAUGUAAAAUGAAUACAGUUAGGAAUAGACUACUAAAGUGAGUCAAAUGGUCAUUUCACUGGCAUUACAGUAGAUCUGAAGUAACACUUAGUACAGGUUAGAUUUGAAAAAUACCGCCUGGUUCAAACCCUAUUUAAAAGGCAUUUUUAUAAGCAUCCAUGUUAGUAAAUGAGUAUUCACAUAUGAUUCUGUGCUAAAUGCUGGUUGGCAGGUUAGGCUUCUAAGCCCACAGGUGUAAAGGUAUGGAGCUGCAGCACCAGGAACAUACUUGAGUGUCGGGAUAUUUCCCAUACCAGACCCCUGAGUCCAAAACUGUUUUCCCCCUUCCUGUAAAAGGAGUGCCUGUCCAGCAGUGCUAUGUUCAAAGGGUGGCAGGUGAACCUGCAUUUUUACAGGGAAUAUGAUUCUUCCAUAUGUUUUGGGCACUGAAAAUGUCAUCAUGUUGGCUCCUCCAGCUGCUGUAGGUGUUGCACUCAGCACUGAUCCCUGAGCUGCUCAUGUGAUUGCUUCCUAAUCUGUUCAGGCAGAGUGAGCUGAGCUUGUUCAAACUGUAGGUCUCUCUUUGGCAAAGCAGAUCAUAUGAGUGAUCUGUUUUCUUUGCAGAGUGCAACCAUGCCUGGAGAAGGCAUGUGUGUCUGUGCCCUUAGGACAGCUACCUGCUAUUUGCUUGAGAGGAUGGAUUUGUCUUCCACAGCUUAGGUGAAAGUUUCCUAUGGUUUUUGCUAACAAACUCUAGGGGUUCAUAUGAGUCUCCUCCUUUGUAUUUUCUAAAAGUAGAUGAGGAGUUUGGGUCUUGUUAAAUGCAAUCUAAACUUCCAGUUUUCUGCAUUGGUAAGCAAACUAAGCCCUGAUAACCUGGGGUACAUUUGAGUGCCUCUGAAACCACUUUUAGGGAUGUGUGACUUUUUCUUUCCCUUUCAGGCAGGAGUGCAGUGUAAGGUGGUAGCUGCCUUUUGAGGAGGCAUUCCUCUAAAUUUCCUACAGCAGCUUCAGGUGGUAAAUCAUCCCCAGAUGUGUCCAUUAGAAAAGAAAUUGAAUGAAUUGACUGUCUGUAGCAGACUAGGAAACUUGGAAUGGCAGAUGAGUAAAACAGCAGAAAGCUGGUGAUAUAAUUAACAGACAUUAAGAUUUAGAGGAGAGAGUUCGUUCUUCUGUGAAAGAGUUGUAAAGUCUGUGUUGGAGGAAGGUGGAAUGGUUCAUGUCUAAGAUAGUGAUGUGCUUCUACACUCUGCAAGACCUUCAGCUCCUUACUGGGAGGCUCCCGCGCAGUAGAAAAAUGCCUUUGAGCAGUGAGGUAGGCUUGGUUUGGCCAAGUCAGAGCGCUGUGGAAAUUCAAUCCUACUGUGUAAUAAACGCAUAGGAGCAAAUUCUCCUUUUGGCUGCCCUAGUAUAACUGAGAGGAGAAUCUCGCCCUUGCUGGUCCCAUAUGUAAAGGGAUGUUUUGUUACAUGAAGCUACUGAGGGGGGAUUCCCUUGGCUGGUGUAGGACUUGCUCUUACAUGGGAAGAGGCACUGUGCCUUUUCAUAGAUGCUGAGGGAAGGCAAACAAGGGAAUGCCUGGAAGACAUCUCAUGGGAUUUUGCUGGGUUUUUUGUGUGGUAAGAAAUAUCACUAGAUGUUUGCAUAAGGCAUAUUUUUUAAAGCUAAUUGGAGAAUAAUAACAGAAGUUUUGGCUAUCUUUUUUAAUUUUAACACUGGUCAUGAUGAAAGAUGGAGUGGUUGUGCAUGUCCCAAAGGUAGAAUAAUAAAACUAAAUGAGUUUUAAGUCAGCUAAAUGUUUCAGAGGAGGCCACUUCAAAUUGUUGUGAGGGAGGGGUGAGUGCGCAGCUACUUUCUUCCUCUGUGCAGAUGUGCAGGGCACAAGUCUUCAGCUUCUCCUGUGUGCUUUCAGUUGCUGCUUGAUACAGUUGAAGGCUCUGGACCUGUAAUGAAUGUUCGUAGUUGGAUGUCUCCCUUUAUAAUGUGAUAUUACUAAACUGAUAUAGCAUUUCAGGAUGACAAUAUUUUGUCCUUCUAGACACUCAAUGUUGAAGACUCUUUUCCUUCUUAACUAAAGGUUUAAAACAACACAUCACAUGAAAUGAAGAACAUGUCAAGUCAGUUAGGGGUUAAGUCACCACCUGUCUGUUUUUUAAUCUUAUUAUGCAUAAAUGGGUGGAGACUUCUGCUUGCUUAUGCAGCAGUUCUGGAGGUUAGCGGCUACAAAAUUUGGGAGUGUCUUCUGUUAAGUUGUUGAUCUGAAUUCCCUUCUGUUUGUUAUGCUCAAUUUUGAAUGUCUUGCUGUGUCAGAAUGAGGGCACUAAUGUAGAUAUCAUAGAUGCACUCGGAUGAAAUGAUUUAAGUCCAUGAUCUAAUUACUGUACCUAUGGCACUGGAAAACACAUUUUUGAGGAAAAAAUUCCUGUGAUGUUCUAUACUCAAGUGAAUACUGGUGGAAGCUGUACUAUCCUUGUGGGCCAGCCUAAUUUUCUAAUCCUUGUUUUGACCUCCCUCUUAUGCUGUGGUGGCAAACCUGGACUCAGCCCUGUUAUGUCAACAUACCACUCUUCUAGAAAUAGAAAUCAGGAGCUUAUGCUAAGCAGAUGUAUUGCCACAGCUUAACGUGUGUAAGGUGAGGUGCAACAAUUCUUAGCAUGUAUGCUCUUUACCUACUGCAAACUCAAGGUUAAGUGGAUUAGUUUAAACCUGCGUCACUGACACCUGAGCUAAUGUGUCUUAUCUUGGGUUUGAUAUUGAUUGCAUCUUCAGCAUGGUCAUCAAGGCUCACCUGAUAUGUGGUAACCAGGCUCAUUAAGCCUGGUAAUGGGCUAAUUUUUUCUGAGCCCUUUAUAGGGGAAGAGGAGAAAAGAGCCAAAAGAGGGCCUUUUUCCUGGCUGUAUGUGUCUCUUCAGCUGCUAUUGAUGCACCUACAGCCAGGUGACUUUUUGGGAAGGAGGGGGAAAGUUAUGUUGGCAGUGACUGUAAAAUGAAAAGUAGGCUCUGCCUUCCAAGGUUGCUUAUAGGGGAAGGGCUCAAUCCUGCUGGCCCCUAAAGCCCUUUGUCCUGGUGCUUUCCCCUCCACCUCAAUUACUAAUAUUUGCUUAGGAGUGUACACUGGAUGUAGAAUUGAUUUUUUUUCAUCAGGGUUGCCUGGUUCGAAGAGUCAGAGAAGGGCAGAGAAAUCAUGUUCACAUCUCAGCAGCUUCAUUUAAGUCUUGUUUUUAGAAGUAGAUGUUUGCGAAGAGAAACCCACACAGGAUGCUUCUGCCUGCUGGGAAACAACCAUGCCUAUGGAUAGAGUUUUCCUUAAUUCCCAUUAUUAAUUGUUGCUCUUAGACCACUGUUCAGCUGCUUCAGGCUCUGUGAAUCCCCCAGUGCUGCGGGGAAUAUUCUGCCUAGUGUAGAUCUCCAUGGAUAAACCAUGACUCUGUUAGUUGAGAUGGACCUGGUUUACUGUCUAAGAGUUAUUCAUGCCCCACUGGAGCCUCUGUCUUAUGUGAGAUCUGUUUAUUUGAAGGUGCCUGAAUGUGCUAGACAUAACAUCUGCUAGACUGUUGGAGAGAAACUUCCAGUAUUACAGCUUGCCAUGUUUGGAAGCAAAUUCAGUAUCAUAAAGGCAAUAUGACUGCAGCAGCUCUUGAACUAAAUCCAGCUCUACAUACUAACAUUGCAAACUCCAUAUUCUCAGUGGAGAAAACUCUUGUUUUCUAUGUUAUUUUAAUAGGUUUUGUACAUUACUGACUUCAUUUCAGCUUGGCUAGCAGGUCUAGCUAUCUAAAUAACUUCACAAUAAUGUAAGGUGGUACUGGCUGUUACAUUUCACUAUUUUACAGUAUCGAAAUGGAUCUUCAAGGUCCUUUUGUCUUUCAAAUUAAAUGCUUUAAGAUGGCUGUGGGAAUUAAACUAGGCUAAACAGUACAAGUGGUUUUUUUAGUGCUUCUGCUCUUUCACGUCUAUGUUUUGGGAACUGAAAUAGUCAUUAUUUUGGCUGUUAAAACUAUGGACUAGAGGCCUGCUCCUCCAUUCCAAAAGGCAUACAGAGCUCACUGACUUCUGAGAGAGGCUUAGGCAUGCUGAAUUGGACUUGAAGGUAGAAGUGAACAUUCCCUUCCCCGUAGCACAAGGCUGUAAUACUAUAAAUGUCUUCAUUCAGUUUUGUUGUUUUAAUGUAUUUCAGACUACUGUUUAUAAUUAAGCUUGUUGCCCUUAUGUUGUCUCAAAAAAACAAAUCACAAUAUUUUGGUAUAUAUGUACUCCUGACAUUUCAAAAAAAGAAAAAAAAAACCAUCGAUCUUGCUACUGUAUGAAAUCAGGUCAAGACCCAUCUGACUUGACUUAGGCACUUACGUAAAACACAAGUUAGGAUGUUACUUAUCCUUGGAUCCUUCAAUGGCCAGUAAAGGAAGAAGAAAGAGGCUGAAUUAUUCCCUGAAGGUGUUCAUUUGUCUACAGUGAAUACUGCAAAGGACUAUAGGUAGGCAGAUUUUUCACUUGGGCUUCUUAAUUAAGCGCCUGAAGAAAAGUGUCUGUAUUGGGGGAAAAAACUCGCCUACUAUCGGCUUUAGAGUGUACCAAUAUGUGGUGCUGGGCCUGGGGGAGUGUUUUGGCAAAACUACUUAAUUGGCCAGGGUUGCUUGUAUUUUUGAGUUAGUAUUUGCUGCACUGCAACCAGAGAGUUACUGCUUGCUGAGGGUAUUAAUGCUAGGCUACAACUGGAUUGGCACUGUAGAAAAGGACUAUACUGUGUCUGCAGGUGGAAAAGCUGUGCAUUGCAUUGAUUGGGAUAUAUCACCCACAUUAGCACUUCAGCUUGCUUCAGCCCUGUGAUGGGGAUUUGGAGCAUCUGUCACUGCAGCUGUGUUGGGCAUUUCCCUUAACUCAGGACGGCUGAGAUUUAACUCUGUCCUUAAGCAGCUGCGUUGGUGGCUUGAUCAAUGCUCUGGAAAGCUGUAGAACUUGGGAGGGUAUCAUCUUUCUUGCUCAACAUAAAUGUGAGUUUCUGGACACUCUUUUAAUCUCAGAAGACUUUUUAAAAAAGAUCAACUUAACAACAUCCAGGCUAAAUUUGAGUGAGUGAUCACAUUGUCCCCUGAUUUCUCUCCAUCUCUUUGAAAGAUAGCAGCAGUGUCAUGAAAAGUGAAGCAAUUCAUGAAGUUAUAUAUGGCUUACUCCCAUUCCCCCACAAUUUCUGGCAGCAAGAUUAUGCUAAGAGAUGACCUGCAAAUAGUUAGCACUUUAGAUUUGUGACUAAAAAUCAAAUCACAUUUAAGAGUUGUGACUUUAAAGAGUUGUGACUUUACUGGGUUUUCUUGCAGCAUUAAACACUAUUCUUAGCACUCUGCGUUCAUAGACUAGUUCUCAACAUUGCAUAUAUUUGGAAAACUGAUUUAUGAGUGGCAGUCUUAUGUUCCUUUAUCUGUAGAAUUUAUUAAAUGAAAUAAAAUGCACAUUUUUAACAAGGCAUACAGAACAGCUCAGUUCUCAAAUCUGGGAUGCUAUUUAGAGUCUUUUUUCUGGACAGCUGGGUACAAUGUGCUGCUAAUACAAGCUUAGUUUGUUACACAUUAGCAGCUACAUGUUAGUUGUUUCAAAACUCUUUGGCAUGCUAUGUUAUAUGUAAUUUCAAAGCACAAGCGAAACUUUCUUAGGGAAAUAUACUCCAUAGUUCUAGUAGAUUUCUGUACUGGAAGUUUGCUGUCACUUUCUUUACUAUCUUAUUCUGAAAUACUUCUGUUCGUUUUACAGA